GCGCGUUCUCGUGCGCGCGUUCUCGUCCGCCUCAGGAUCAAAUAGAGGACGACGAGCGGCCGAAGCGGUCAGAAGACAGAACACACUGCUACCGCGCGUUCAAUCUCCCGGCUCGGGCGCUUUAUUUUAUUUACACUCACACAUUAGGUUUUAUUCCCGUUAAACGCCCGAGAAUCGCAGAGGAGCCAGCAUGCGUCUGCUGUGGGCUUUCAGUGCUCUUUUAUUCAGUCUUCAGCAGGCCUCUGCGGAGACAGCGGGCUUCAUAAAGUCGCCCAUGUCUCAGACCAAAGUGAUAGGUGACAGUGUGCUAAUGCACUGCGAGGUCAUAGGGAACCCAAUCCCAGAGGUGCAGUGGUGGUUUAUAGAGGGCAAUGAGCCCAAUGAGACGACUUCUCAGCUCUUUGAAGGAGCUCACCACGAGCGCUUAAGCAUCAACACCACCUACAUCCAGCAUGGCGCCAGCACCCUGCUUCUCUACAAUCUGACGUUCAACGACACCGGCGUGUACGAGUGCCGUGCUUCCAACGACCCCGACCGCAAUGCCCUGGUGACACUGCCCAAAGUCAAGUGGAUCCGCUCACAGGCCAAUCUUAUUGUGCUUGAAAAGCCUGUGAUUGUGAUUGAUCCGAAAGAGGUGUUCAACCAGACAUCUGCUACGCUAAGCUGUAAUUUUACCAACCCGACAUCUCCAGUCACAGGCACCCACUGGAAAAAAAAUGGCAAGAUCAUCGAGAGCACCAAGAAGCAGAGCGGAGAGCUCUACACAGUUCACAUUAUUCCAAAGAUCGAGGCCAACUCUGGAAGGUAUUCUUGCGUGUUCUUGUCCACUUCACCAGCUGAAGAAUUCAUCGAAGUGAAAAGUCCCCCUCAUAUCACAGCCCACAAGCACUCUGAGAACGCUAACGAGAACGACAAGGCGGUGCUGACAUGCGACUUCCACAGCUACCCCUUUGCCACUGACUGGACCUGGUUUAAGAUCUCUGAGGGAGAUGUCAAAAUGAGCAUCAGCAAUGGCACCAAAAAGUAUUCCAUCAAAAGCACCCCCUACAAUUCCUCUCUGAUCAUCAGCGACCUGAAUAACGAGGAUGCUGGCGAAUACAACUGCACCGGGGUGAACGACUUGGGACCAGCUACCGCCAAGAUCAACCUACGUGUACGUAGCCGCUUGGCUGCUCUCUGGCCCUUCCUAGGCAUUGUGGCUGAGGUCAUCAUCCUCGUCACAAUCAUCUUCAUCUACGAGAAACGGAGAAAGCCUGACGAGAUUACCGACGAUGAUGACUCUGGAGCAGCUCCACUGAAGAGCAACUCUGCAACAAACCACAAAGAAAAGAACGUCAGACAAAGGAACUCCAACUAAGAGGAGACGAGAUGAAGAGGUAUCCUGAUGAUGACUACUAACCAAGAUUCAAGAAAAGCAUGAAGUUGUCGUGUGGCUCCUCAAGAUCGUGCUCUGAGAAUAUUUUUUGUUCUUUUCAAUAACCUUUUUUCUGCUCGAGUGCAAAAGUCCUGAGAUAUUGAUCGCUCUCUCUCUCUCUCUCUCUCUCUCUCUCUCUCUCUCUCUCUCUCUCUCUCUCUCUCUCUCUCUCUCUCAUUUUUUCUCCGUACUUUUCUUAAGUAUUCCUGCUCUCUGUAUUGUGCUGCCAGCGAACGUGUUCUUUUGGGGGGGGAAAAAACUAAUCUAGGAUUUGGGGGUGUGGCAGGGAGGGGCAGUUGUGGGAGGGCCUGGUUUAAAUGCAUGAUUGUAAUCUUGCUGUAGAAGUGUGUUAUAGUGAAACUCUUCGUGUGGGAAUGAUUAAUUGAUGAUUUUUUUUAUUGGCUUCUUCUACUGUGCCACACAACUUUAGCUUGGAUAAAAACUGUUAAGUGUGAUCAGCUCCAUCCUGCCUCAGAAAUCAGCUCUGAAUUAAAUACAGCCAGUUUGUGUUUGAGAACAAUUUGAUAACCAGGCUAUUGUAGUACCUUUUAUAUAUUCUAAAAGCCUAUAUAUAUAAAAUCUCUAUCUAUAUAAAAUCUCCGUUUGGCAGCAUGGGAUGUGCAGAGGUUCGGUGUGUUCCGCUAUUCUUGAUGUCCAAAGCAAUGGUUUGAAACGUUCUUCUGUGUAGUUCUUUUUCAUUUUUUUUCCUGUAAGCCUUAACAUUCUUUUCUUUUUUUUUCAUACAUGCUUAAUUUUUUAGCUCUAGAUAUAUUAACACAUUGCAGCACACAUCCAACUACAUGCUGUUGCAGUAUAUUGACUUGCACUGUUCUAGUUCACUACAGAAUGCCACUGUCCUGUCCUAAUGCUAAUGUUGGAGUUUGAUGGCAGCAGUAAACCUGCAUCGAUGAGGACCAAGCGUGCAUACUUUGCCAUUUUAUAAUUCAAAUGAUUAUCCAGUACUAAUCCAGAAUAAAGCAGAAUAUUUAGUACCAUAAUUAUUGAAUACGUACAUGUGCCAUUUAGCUGAAGUAUUUUUUUUUCCCCCCCCACUGAGAGUAUUCAUCCUCCCUGUAAGAAAAUCCAGAAGUUGUUCUGUCCCUAAAAUUAUGACUGAACUUGUGCCAUUUUGUUUCAAAGGCAUGUUGAAUAUUAAGAACGUAUUGAGUUGGUGUAAAUUAUUUUGCCUUAGAAACAUAGAAAAUCUUUACAGUCAGCUUUACUGACCUGCACACUCUUAAUAAAGUUAUUUGGUUUGAUUUUAA